GGAAAAUAUAAUCGGCUUCUUCUUAGAACAAUUUGAAGACGAAAAAUGAAGGCGUCUCUAGUUUUUCUCUCCUUGAUUGCGUGCACUUUAGUUUAUGCGAAGACGGUUAAGGAUGUGACUGAGUUACAGAUUGGCGUUACGGGUAGGCCAACAUCUUGUGACAUUCAAGCUCAUAAAGGUGAUAGAAUCAAAGUUCACUAUCGUGGGAAGCUCACAGAUGGGACUGUUUUCGACUCUAGUUUUGAAAGGGGUGACCCCAUUGAGUUUGAGCUGGGCGCUGGUCAAGUAAUUAAAGGAUGGGACCAAGGGUUAUUGGGAAUGUGCGUUGGUGAGAAACGGAAACUCAAAAUUCCUGCAAAGUUGGGGUAUGGACCGCAGGGCUCUCCACCAACCAUACCAGGUGGUGCAACACUUAUAUUUGACACUGAGCUUGUGGCUGUUAAUGGGAAACCAUCAAGUGGUGGAAACUCAGAUGAUGAUGACAGUGAACUAUAAGUCAAAGCAACUAUUCUACCACUAGCUAGCGAGCCCCUUCGGUUUCUCCAAGUUUGAUAUCUUCCAUCUUGCUUGUUCUUCUCCACCUUUUUCCUUGUUCUUCCUGGUAUAACCCCAGAUCUCAACUUUAGGUACUUUUCUAGAGGACGGAGGAUUUGCUCCAUGAGAUACCCUCUAGUUUAGACUUCUUUGAUGCUAGUUUAUGUUUUAUUGAUUUAGAUGCCUUUAUAAACAUUGAACUCUUAUCUAUGUUCUAUGAUUAGAAUGAAUCAUUUUAAGUUUAAAAUGCUGC